UCUCUCUCUCUCUCUCUCCCUCUCUCUCUCUCUCUCUCUCUCUCUCUCUCUCGGGCGCCUCGCUGGCGUUGGCUCGGGCCGAUCCCGUUAGGCGGCGCAUGCGCGCGACUAGCUAACCUCCCUCCCCCACUCCGCCGCCAUGUUUUUUGAGUAUCCCGAGAGCCCCCGGGUGUCGUAUAUAGGCUCCGCCCAGCGCAGCUGGCUCACGACGCCUCUGGGAUUUGUCGACCCCUCGGACCAAUCGUCGCCUCGCCAAUAGGCCACCCUCGCGGCCCCCACCAGCUCGCCCACGUCUGCCUCCCGACCAAUCCACUCGCGGGAGCUAUGGUGGGGUCACAGCGUAGAAUUUUUAAGGUCGGCCGAGUGUGGUGGGGAGCGAACAACUGAGCCACGGACGAACGGCCGCGCCGCUCUCUUCUGUGUGGAUCGGCGCCGCUCCGAGACGACUGCAGGGAGGAGAGACGCCUGAGAGAGACAGAGCAGUAGCAGCAGCGUUCGCUUCCUCCGUGUGUAGCUGGCCUCUGUACAGUAUACGUGCGCACUCGGCCCGACGGGUAUAAUACUUUAACGGGGGCCUCCGUUGCCUUCCACGAUAUUUUCCAGAGAAAAAGUGCCGUAUUACAUAUCAAAGUACAGUGUGACUUCCGGUAACGAGCCUGCUCGAAUUAUUUCGUUUGUUUUCGUUCUUUAAAGCGCGCGUGUGACAUCAGCUCGCCUCAGGAUAGACAGAGACAGAGCGAGAAGAGAAAUGAGUGCAGUGUACUGAUUAACCGUGAAGUGAACGAGUAUUCCGACUAUACUGUCAGAUACGAAAGUGAGGUGAAAUUUCGAAGUUGAUUAAGUAAGAAGUGGCAAACGACAAGCAGUGCGAGAGUGCGAGAGAGACAGAGACUACUCUCAAGCUGGUGUCCAAUGCGGCGGCUCUGUGUGCGUGAGAGUCCGACUACUGCUGUACUUCAAAACGUGCCAAGGUGUGACUGCGCAGGCGCACUAUGUAACAUGUAAGCUAGUACGCAACAAAGUCAUCCCAGAAGUUUCUUUGAGAUUUCUCCAAGACUUGGCUGUGCAAGUCUAUAGCUGAAAUUCUCAGAAACAGAGUUCGAGCUGGAUAGUUUGAGUUGGUGACCAAUAUGUCUGAUAACAACAAAUCAAUGGAAAUGGAUCAAUCACAAGGUCAAGCCCAACAGCAAAACCAGAAUCAGCAAUCGCAGCAAAUGAUAAUAACCACCCACGAGAUGCAGCAAAAUGUGCAGCAGCAGCAGGCUCAACAGCAGCAGCAACAGCAGCAGCAAAAUCAGGCCCAACAGCAGAAUCAACAACAGGCAAAUGGCCCACAGAAGCUGCAGACACAGGUCCAAGUCCAGCCGCAGGUGGCAGCUAUAAUGCCGCAGCAGCAUUUGCAGGACGCCGUGGCAGUGUCGAUGCAGCACCAGCAACAGCAGCAGAACGUCGGCGGCGUGUCGAUGACGCUGUCAGGUCAGCAGGGAGCCACGACCAUCACGACAAUGGCCGCCCAUCCGCAGGCCGUCCAGGUGAUCCAGCAACCCAUGCAGAACCAGUAUCACUUGCAGCAACUGUAUAAUGCCCAGGGCACACCUAUUAUCAUGCCAGGAAAUCUUCUAGCUCACCCAGCUGGUCUUAAUCCUUCACCAAUUCAGGUGCAGUUCAACAACUUGGCCGGUAAACCCUUCCAGACGGGUGCACAGCUAGCACCUCACAUGUUGACUACAACUUCUACAGGUCAAGGUGGAACUCAUCCAGGUGCAGGUGGAAAAGUUCAGGGCUUUCCGGCGGGUUACAUACCGGUGCCAACAUCGGCGACGCCUGGGGGCGGUCAAACCCUCGUCUUCGGACAGCUCGAGGUGCUGCCACAGCACCAGACCUCUAUGACCCAACAGCAACAAGGGCAGGGCAACAACAAGAACGAUCAAGUACAAAAAUACACGACGUGUACGGCUGGUGCGCCAUCGGGUCAGAAUCGGGGUAUGCAAUUUGCGCCCUGGCAAUUCGCCCAGGGUAUCUGGACUGGUCUCCAGCCUCAAACUCUGCUUACGGCGGCGCCAAACCAGAUCUUCAUCCGGGAUCCAUCGCAACCCGACAUGCUCUUCCAGAGCCCACAACCCAUUCAGACUCACAAUGCUCUGGCAGCCCAGCAACAGAUCCAAAGCGUACAGCAAAUCGCCACGGGCGGCAAGCCUCGAGUUAUGAAUAUUCAGCAGCAGCAACAGACGAACAAACAAGGCGUUGUAAGCCAGCGUCCACUGAGCAUCCUGCCUUCGUCCCUACAAGGUGUUCAGGCUGCAAACAUCAGGCCCGCUAGCUCAGUGUCAACGCAGACGAAUCACGGGGUCCAGGCAACGGUACACGCACAGAGCGGCAAAGGAGGUAGCGGCACGGGCAAAGGCCGGGGCAAGCCGGUGGUUCGCACAAGUCCCGGGCCUAACGCCAUCAACGUAACGGUGACGAAGGCCAGCGCCGGCGGCGGCAAUACGUCCAGCUCUACGAGCAAUCAAACGCAGGCGGCGAAAAAUCAAGCCGCGGCCGCCGCCGCUGCGGUUCAGCACGCGACGAUGAUAAUGCAGGGCCAGCAGCCCGGUGGUAACGCCGGCGCGCAAAACGGCCCACCUAACGGCAAAAUGCUCGUAGCCACGAGCACAGCUUCUGCGCAACCACCCGGCUCGCCAAUGACCGCCCAAGACAAGCAAACAUUCGGACAGCAACAAAACAAACAAAACGUUAUGCAAUCACCCCAGCAGCAAGCCCAGGCUCAGCAGCAAGCUCAGGCCCAGCAGCAAGCGCAGCAGCAAGCGCAGCAGCAGCAGCAGCAGCAGCAGCAGCAGCAGCAGCAGCAGCAGCAGCAGCAGCAACAGCAGCAGCAACAGCAGCAGCAGCAGCAGCAACAGCAGCAACAGCAGCAGCAGGCCCAGGCCCAGGCUCAGGCCCAGCAAGUCGCGGCGGCUCAGCAGCAAGCUCAGCUGCAGGCCCACCAGCAAGCUCAGCAGCAACAGAUUCAGCACAUCUACAUACAGCAGCAUCUGCAGCAACAGCUGCAGGCGCAGUACCAGCAGGCCCAGCAGGGACAGCAGCAGAUACAGCCCAAGCCUCUCAUGGGUAUGGCAGUGCAGCAGUCGCCACAGCAGCAGCAGAACAUGGUCCUCGGCGGAGAGCGACCGAUAAUGCCAGUUGUCUCGAUCAACCCGGCACUGAUCGGUAACCAGAUCGUCGGAGGUGCUCACCAGCUUCAGGCCCUGCCUAUCGUAGGUCAGCCCACGGAUCAGCUUCAGGUCGCCGCAGCAGCGGCAGCCGCCCAACAGCAGAUGCAGCACCAACUCCAGCAACAGCAACAGACUCAGCAAGCGGCACCUAGCGAACAGGCGCCCAGUAUGCCGAUGCUGGUGACAUCGCCCGAGAGAGCCGGUUCUGGUCAGGUCGAGUUGCAGAUGAUGCAGCAGCCUCCAGGUCCGCCCGGGACACCGCUCGCAGCGGCUAUCGACGAUGCCGCCAAGUUGGGCACGCCGUCGAAGAAGGACGCCACGGAGGAUUCUAACACGGAUACGUCGAACGCCAACGAUGUCGAUCAGAGGAAUAACGCAAAGGACGAAAAUCACGAUUCUUCGAUAAAGCCCGAAGACAAAGCGAUGAAUAAUCCGCUGAUAAAUCUAGCGAACGCCGUCAACUCGAUAACGAACGGUAACAUCGGCGAAGAAACCACAGUCUUGGAGUCGCUGCCGACGACGGUCAGCAGCAAACAGGUACCACCCAAAGCGAUGGUCAAGCCUCAGGUGCUCACGCAUGUUAUCGAAGGCUUCGUCAUACAAGAAGCUUCUGAACCAUUCGCCGUAAAUCGUUCGUCGCUCAAUGGAUCGAUGAACCAGGAGGCGAACAACAUAAGUAGAAAUAACUCUGCGGACAAAGAAAAUCACGAGGAACCGCCCAACAAGAGAAAGAAGAAUGUGAAUUACAAUACAGACGGAGACGGUGUUCAAGGUGGAAAAUGCGAGGCGUGCGGUAACACAUUGGACGAGACGAAUGUAAAGCUCAAGAAGGACAAGAGAUUCUGUUCAACAAUUUGUGCUAAAUCGAAAAAGAAGGAGCUUCGGGAAGGCAAUGACAAGCAAUGGAAUGACAUGGAAGUUGACGCUAAGAACGACAACGACGCGAUCAAAAAGAAUGGUGAAGACAAGUCGCUCGCUAAUCUAGCAAACAAUGCGGCAAUAGAAGAUUCAUUGCCGAAAAUCAAUCCUGUCAAAUGGACGGUUAACGAGGUUUGCGACUUUAUUCGUAAUCUACCUGGCUGCUCUGACUACGCGGAAGAUUUUGCAAUUCAGGAAAUAGAUGGUCAGGCCUUGAUGCUACUCAAAGAAGACCAUCUUAUGUCUGCCAUGAGCAUCAAGCUUGGUCCAGCCUUGAAGAUUGUUGCUAAAAUCGAUUCCAUGAGGAUGGAUUCGACGACGGGCCCGACACCAGUAGCCGGUGGUCCCGUUUAGAAUUUAAGAAUACCGGCAGUGUGCGAAGUAAUCAGUUGAUAGAAAAUUUCACCUAAUCAUGGAUGGACAGGGAAAUUAAUCAACUACGAAGUACUUAACACAUCGAUACAUCGCCGGGGCCUAUUUCCUCGGCAAUCACAAGCUGUACAGCAAUAUUGUAUCGAUGAGCAAAAUGUUCGAUAAAAAGACUCUUAGUGGUGUUACAGAUAUGUCGAAUAAAUCGGAUCUAUCGCUGUUUGUAAUCGUCGAUAGAGCGCUAUGAACAUUGUACACACAGAGAUUAAUGUAAAUUGAAGAAUUUCCGCAUGACGAGAUUAAACGUGAUAGAAAAACUCUAUAUUGUUAAGUGUGUAAUUUCAAUAUUACAGUGUCGUUUCAAAUGAUAAUGAAAUAUAAGAAGUGACUAAGUGUUCAUAACAAAGUUACAUAGAGGGUAUGUGCAAGUUAUUGUUUCUUUAUCCAAGAAAAAGAAAAUAAAUGACUCCUAUUUGAGUGUAUGAGUAAGAGCUAGUGCAAACAUUCCGCUAUAUUAUAUUUCGCUGAGAAACAGACUUUAGGUCUAUGUUUCUAUGUAAUAUAUUUCUUUUGUAUUUCGAAAACUACGAUUUCGACCGUGUAAAUAGUACGAAAAUACAGCGUAUUUUACAGUUCUAAAAUAUUAUUCUAUAAAACUGCGUAUACAUGAGACUCAUAUACCGUAUAUGUAGUAAAAACAUCUUAAAUGCUCUCAAAACUAUUUUUUUUACCUGAUCAAGGUUUGCUUUGUAUAAGACUAUUCGUAAGGAAAAAUCUUGUAAAGAAAAAUAAAAGCUCAUUUAUCCCUUUGAUGUAAGAAAUUAUUAGCAUUGUAAAUUAUACAGAGGAAAAUAAUUUAGGUGCAAUAAUUUACAUAAAUCUUUAAAGAACGAAGACGAGUUAGAUGACUUUUGGUUCAAGUAAAACUUUGAUCAUAUAAAAAGAGAAAAAUUGGAAAAUACACUUGUAUUUUAGUAAAUAAGUGUACAUAUUAGAAAUAAGACGUUUAUUUAAAUAUAAAUUUUAUAAUGUAAAAUUAAGCUAUUGAGCGAUGGCUAUUCUGUGCACUAUCGUAAUCAUUAUAUAUUUCCAACUUGCAAGAAAUAAAGAAAAACAAUAUACUGUUUAGAAGAAUCGUACUAUUUUCACAAUACACACAAAUUGUUCUAAAAAUCAGAAGUUGUGAACAAUAUAAAAGUAUGAAUAUGUAUCAAUUGAAAAAUUAAGAAGUUCAGUGAUUGUAUUUGUAAAAAAUUUAAAUUACUAAUUCUUUUUAUAAGGACGACUAUUUCUAUGCAAUUUGGAAUAAAGAAAAAUUUAUAAAUAAAAAAUAUAUAUUUUUA